GCUGUGCGAGGUGGAUUCAAAAUGAAGGUACUGCCGGAUGAUUUUAAUGAGGUUUUUGAGUCUAUUCUAGAUGGACUCCCUCCUGACUGCGCCGUGGGCCACACCAUCCCCGUGGAGCCUGGAAAGCUCCCACCGUUUCGACCUCUGUAUCGCCUCAGUCCAGCUGAGUUCGAGGAGGCUAAACAACAGAUUAAGGAGUACCUCCGAAAGGGAUGGAUUGAGCCAAGCGCAUCACCUUAUGGAGCACCAAUCUUGUUCGUUAACAAGAAGGGUGGUGGCUUACGCAUGUGCGUCGACUACUGCGCCUUGAACAAGAUCACAGAGCACACUCAACACAUAAAAUGGGUGUUACGGAAGUUGCGAAAACACAAGUUCUAUGCUCGUUUAUGGAAAUGCCAUUUCUAUAAACGCGAGCUGGAAUAUCUCGGUCAUCUCAUCAGGAACAACGGACUUAAAGUCGACCCCAAGAAGGUGGUGGCUGUCCAGAAUUGGCCUGUCCCACAGGACGUGGGCCAGGCCAGGUCCUUCCUAGGCCUGGCCAAUUAUUUCCGCCGGUUCUUGGAAAAUUACUCGACUGUCGUUGCCCCUCUUACAGCACUCACCCGAAAGGGUAGUGCAUGGGAGUGGACUCGACAAUGUCAAGAGGCGUUAGACGAAGUCAAAACGAAGCUGACCAAUGCUCCGGUUUUGGUAUUGCCAGAUCCUUCUAAACCCUACUGUAUGAGGUGGUCACAGACGCCUCAAUAGUAGGGAUUGGGGCGGUACUCU